AUGGACAAACUGAAGUUGUCAAUCGCACUCUUGGCUUUACUUCGGGCCUUGAUUAAAAAGAAUCUUAAGUCUUGGGAAGAGUGCUUACCUCAUGUUGAAUUUGCCUACAAUCGCACUGUGCAUAGUGCAACUCAAUAUUCUCCCUUUGAGAUUGUUUAUGGCUUCAACCCCCUCACCCCCCUUGAUCUGGUGCCCUUACCUUCCUCUGAGCAAACAAGCUUAGAUGGGGAAAAGAAAGCUGGUUUUGUACGCAGGUUACAUGAAGCUGUGCGAGCAAACAUCGAGAAGCGCACGCAGCAAUACAUCCAACAAGCCAACAAGCACCGCCGCAAGAUGAUUUUUGAGCCUGGAGAUUGGUUGAGAACUACUACAAAGGACAUGGAAAUCUCCAUGUUGAGAGCUGAUAUUCAAGAAGAUCGAGAGGCUACAAUGGCAAGAUUUCUCAGUGGUCUAAGGGUUGAAAUAGCCGAUCAACUUGAGCUUCAAUACUAUGUGGAGAUAGACGAUAUGGUGGACAAGGCUAUCAAGAUUGAGCAAAGGCUCAAGCGGAGGGAGGAGGAUUACAAAGACAUGCCUCCCUUGGUUGAAGAGGAAGAUGAGAUAGAGGAAGUUCCAACUCAAGACAAAGUUGGAUUGGUAGCAAGAAGGGCACUAGCUACUCAAGCUAGUAAAAGAUGA